CACACAUCCAUGGAAAUGUACUAUUUACCCUUUUCAUAUUCAGUAUGGUGACCAAAAGCCCCUUUGGCUGUUUUCCACAGACGAGGAUGAGGACUUGCUGAACUUGACCUAUGAGUAUGAGAAGCAGUGUAAGGUGGCGGCAGGCCGGGUGAAGAAGCGAGUCAUAACCACAGUGAUAAAUAGUGAGGGGAGGCUUGUCCUGGCACACCGGUUCUUCAAGCCACUUCCUCCUCCACAGGAAGUUGUACUGGACACCCCCGACAAUAGCAUGUCUGUUCUCGAGAGGGUGGCAGCUUUUGUGUCCCUGAUUCCCACCUUGUCCUUCCCAUCGGACGUUGGUGACAGUGGGGACAUGUGGCUCACCUCAGAGCAAUGCUUGGAGCUGGCUAUGGGAAACCAUAUCAGUUUGGCAGUUCUGCUGUGCAACUUCUUUCAUGACCUGACGGUAAAUGGGUGGCUUCUCCUGGGAACAUCUGUCGUAGAGGGAGAGACCGCCUAUGUCCUUACUCAGGAGAACACUUGGUUUGUGUUGUGGAACCCCAGAGAUGGGAAGCAUUACCAGUCAUACGACUCCUUCUGUCCUCUAAAGACUGUCGACUGUCUGGUCAAUGGUGAAAAUGUGUGGUUCCAUCUCCAACCAACAAGAAAGAUGCCCAUCACUUUUGACGUAUCAAAUAAUGCCACAUGGAAACCCUUACUCCCCAAAGGAUUCAACUCGGACUCAUCCUCAACGCCAACAGAAAUUAAAUACCGUCCCCCUCAAAUAGGGCUGGUCAAUCACCUUCAAAGAAGGCUGGAGAUGAAACUGAAAAGUUGUGUGAUGGACUGGAGAAGCCCCCACCCGACACGCUGGAGCCCCCGCUGUGCAGCCAUGCUCUCGGAGGUCAUGCAGAAGCUUGAGAGGAACCCAGCCUCUGACACAAUAGCGCUAGAGAUAGACAGGCUGCUGGACACCAUGAAGGAUUACAAGGUGACUGGUUUCCCCAUUCAUAUGGCCUACCAAGACAUGAGCACAGUGAUCGAGGCGGUCUACAACACCAGAAUCCACAGCACUGAGAUCCCUGGGACAGAGUUUGCUCUCUCCACCUACAUCCACCCAUACCCCAACCACAUCCUGUCGGUGUGGAUAUUCCUGGCAACGCUGGUCAAACACCAGCAUGGCGUGUUCUAUGUUCCUUCAGUACACAAGCACUGAGACACCCUGGUUGUGUUCAUUAGGCACCAAAUGGAAGGAAACUGACAAAAAAACAGGGAGGGACUACCUAUAACCCUUUUUAUGUUAUACUUUUUUUUUGCAUGCCCGUAUGAACAAAAUCUCUGCCUUUCAGGGUCAGCUUUUCCUAGUCGUUUUUCUACUGUGGGGAAAGGAAUGCAGAGCGAUUCAGACCAAGUGAUUGAAUCCACAAACCUGUACAUAGCAAAUUAAUGGAAAUACUGCACAAUAAAAUUGUCCAUAAAUAUGCCAGCAACAUGAAACCUAUAUUUGUUAAACCCUUGAUUAGCACAUAUCCGGUAUGUUUUCAAGUUCACAAUAUGGUUUGUGAAAUGUUUUAGGCAAUAUUUGUUGAUGUAUGCAUAAAGCCUUAUAGGCCAAUUGAUAUACAUACUACUGGCAUUAGCAGAAUGAUAAUAAUAUUGAUGCAUAAUUAAAAAAUAUACCA